AUGGCUGGUCUCCAAAGACUCAUGGAAUGCUCUUCUUUGUCAGGCUUAGGCAUGUCGGACUGGCAAUUCGCCAGUCCUGCCUACGCCAGUUGCUGCAUGGGAUCCCUGGGAUCCCAGCAACUGGCGUCAACAGAGCCUCUCUGGCAAAGCCAGAAGCUCUCUGGUGACGCCAGAGCUGAGCCGAAGCGAGGCGCCGCCCCCCAAGAGGGGGAAGAGAUUCACCGCAUUCUUGCGGAGACUCUUCUGUGGCUGUUGCAGGCGCGGCGAGAGCGACGGUGGCCGCAAUUGAGCAGCCGUGAUGAUGAGUGUGGAGGCUACAGCAAGCAGCUGGACGCAGGUGCCCUGCACAGCUGGCUCACCCGAGUCCUCUACAACCGACGCUCUCGCUUCAACCCACUGUGGCUGGACUGUGUGGUUGCUGGCUUCAGGGCUGGAAAACCGUUCCUCGGGUUUGUGGACAAGAUCGGCACGGCUUAUGAAGCAACAGAAGUUGCUUCAGGCUUUGGUCAGUACUUCGCCAUCCCGAUGCUAAGGAGUGCCAGGGAGAAAAAAUCUGAUGGCAUUUUCACUCAGGCUGAAGCAAGAAAGGUCAUCGAGGAGGCGAUGAAGGUGCUUUACUACCGUGACUGUCGUGGGUUCCACCGCUACAUGGUCGCCACCGUCACCAAGGAGGGCGUGACCAUCGAUGAUGAUCUUGAUCUUAAGAAGGACACCAACUGGGAUCUGGCUCAUCUCACCAAAUUACUUUGAACUCCGCUUCGGGAUUAAUUAGCUGAAGGAAUCCGUUUCGUCUUUAAUAUACGCUGAAGUUUUUA